UAAAGAAAACAAACAUGGCGGAUUUUGUCGAUAGUCUCAAUCAAUUGUAGGAUAUCUACCGUUAUGUUUUUAUACCUGUAAACUCUCAGUCAAAUUUUGCAUCGAUCAUACAAUGUCUGUCUAUAUAAGUUAGAAGAGUUUUGAUAUGAGAGAUACUGAAAAUUUAUGGGAUGGAGAGUCAAGAAUGUAUGGUAUUGAAAAUCCUGCAUUUAAUACGUCGUUACGCCUUGCUAAAUCAGAAAGUACCAAUAGCACUGCUAGUUUAGCCUCUUCAUCAAGUGAGCAGGAACAAUUAGUUUUCAAGUACGUACAGCGGAGUGAGGAUUCUGUGAAAAAAGGAGAUUGGCAAAAUGCCGUUCGUCAUUAUUCUAGAGCAAUAUCUCUCGAUCCGCGGAAUCAUAUUUUAUAUAGUAACCGUUCAGCAGCAUAUCUACAUUUAGGUAACGGGAAAGCUGCUUUAGAAGACGCUUUAACUGCUCGUAACCUUCAACCUUGUUGGGCUAAAGCCCAUGCUAGAGAAGCAGCUGCUUUAGAAAAAUUAGGAAGAACUUUAGAUGCUGUUGCAGCUCAUGCAGAUGCCGUUUCCUUGGAUCCAUCUUCAAAUAACCUUCUGGAUUCUUUAAUUUGCUAUAUUCAAAACUGCGAGUUGGUGAAAAAGUUUAUUGAUUUAGAUUUUCGUCAAUUAGACGAAAUCGGAUUAUCUCAAAGCGCCAGUGUUGUAUUGGCUUUGAUUGGUCAACGAUUGGUAUCAUGCAAACAAUACCCAUAUGCUAUAAGGAUCCUAGAGGCUGCUUUACGUGUCAAGACUUCGUCUCUCAGGUUACGAUCGUCAAUAUUUUCAACUUUGGCUAGAGCUCAUUACAGUGUCGGAGAGUUGGAAAAGGCUAUUGUUUGUAUGCAGCAAGAUUGCGCUGCAUCCGCUGCAUUGCAUCAUAUUGAUGGUCAAUUUAGGGCCUAUUCAAACUUAGGGGUGGCAUUUUACAAAAAGGGACAAUAUUCAGACGCCAUAGAUGCUUACAAAAACGUUCUUUCGCUGGCAACUCGUGUGAAACAACAUCGAAUGGCUUUGCACGCUUUAUCCAAUUUGGGAUAUUUGUAUACGGCCAAAAUGGAAUUUGCUGAUGCGAUAGCGGCUCAUAGACAAGCCAUAUUAGUUGCUAGAACAAUUAAAGAUAGGCACCAAGAGGCGAAGGAAAUGGGGAAUGUCGGAACCGUUUUCCUUGUAAUUGGUGAUUGCAGGGCCGCUUUGGCUUGCCAUUCGCAUCACCUUUUGGCUGCAAGAAACUUAAAAGAUAAAUUUGAAGAAGCACGAGCAUAUUCUAAUAUGGGAGCCGCUCGUCACCGUCAAAAACGCUAUGAAGAUGCACUUUCACUUUAUACUGAUGCACUAAAUAUUGCUCAAGACCUAGAAAAUAUACCACUCCAAUUAAAAGCGUAUGACGGCCUGGGUUUGGCCGCCCGUUGUUCGGCACAAUUAGCAGCAGCCCAAAAAUAUCACGAGAAACAACUGGAUUUAGCCCUUAACAGCCGACAAAAAUCAGCUGAGGCAAGAGCCUGUUCGAACUUAGGCAUUCUGUUCUCUUUACUAAAUGAGCAUGAGGCUGCUCUUAAAUUGCACUCAUCUCAUGCUAGAAUAGCGCUAAAGUUGGGAGAUAAAGGGUCUGAAUGUCAAGCUAUGUUCAACAUGGCAAAUUGCCUCUAUAAUCUAGGUCAACUUGAAAAGGCUACGAGUCUGUACGAAAAAGUUUUAACAACAUCUCGCAAACUUCACGAUAAACAUAUUGAAAGCAAUUGCCAUUGUCACAUUGCCCAAAGCUACGAAAGUUUACGAAUGUAUCAACGAGCCGCCGAACACUUUGAACUGUCAAUUAAACUGUGUUGUGAAUUGAAAGAUUGCGUUGGUGAAGCCAAAUCGGCUAAUCUUCUUGCCCGAUUACAUUCCUCAACCGGUCAUCUAACUGCCUGCCCUCCACUCUAUGAACGCUGUGUUGCCCUCUGGCAACAGGCCAAUGAACCCAUAGCUGAGGCGAAUGCCUGGAAAACAUUGGCCGAAUGCCAUACAGCAAUGUGUGAUUUUGAAAAGGCCUCGGAAUAUUUAGGUAAAGCUUUGUCUCUUGCUAGAGCUUCCAGUGACAUAUCAACAGUUUGUGGUGUGUAUUGUUCAUUAUCGGCUUUAAAACGGAAUGAAGGUAAACUGGAUGAGAGUCUGGAAUAUGCUGAAAAAGCUUUCGAGAUCGCAAAAUCCAGUGUCAAUCUUCGUUGUUUGUAUAUUGUUCAAAAGGCUUUGGGUGAGAGUUUCUCCGCUAGAGAGGACUAUGAUUCAGCAGUGAGAAUUUUUCAUCAGCUUGUUAACACAACUAAAUCUGUUGGUGAUAAAAAAUUAGAGUGCGAAGCUUUGUCUCUUUUGGGUGCUAACUAUAAAAACAUGAUACAAAUUGAUAAAUCAUUGAAUAUUCAUAAGGAAGAAUUGAGAUUAGCUCAGGAAUUGAAUGAUUUAAAAUUUAUAUGUACAGCCAAUUCCAGAUUAGGAGAUGUCCUUUUAACAUUAGAUGAAUUUCCUAAAGCUUUGACUUAUUUUGAAGAGCAGGCUGAAAAAGCAAGAAUUAUAGGCGAUUUCCAUUCGGAAGCUACAGCCUACGGAAAUAUGGCCAUCUGCAGAAUGAAUAUGGGUCAAAUAACCGAAACAAUUAACCUUUUGGAAGAUCAGAUAAAUACCUUAGACAAAUUACCGUGUGCUCAUAUGAUACCGACCAUUUUAUUGGAGAAUGCUCAGGCGUAUUUGAAAUUAGGCGAUUGCUACGAGAAUUUGGAUGAUUUCGACGAAGCCAUUAAAUCUUAUGAAAAAAAUCUAGCUUUGGCUAUAAAUGCAAAGUCUGCUCUUCACCAAAGUAAUGCCUAUAGAAAGCUUGGAAACGCUCAUAGAGCAGUUGGAAACUUACACCAAGCUUUAGUGUGCUUUGAGAAACGUUUGGUGUUAGCUCACGAGUAUGACGAUGUGCGAACAAAAGGGACGGCUUGUGGUGAAUUGGGCUGCCUUCAUUCACUUCUCGGUAAUUUAGAUCAAGCAGUUUCAUAUUUGGAACAACAGCUAAGAAUCGCUAAAAGUGAAAACGAUUUAAAUUUAGAAGCUGAUGCAGCUUGCGGUUUAGGUGGUGUUUUCCAGCAAAUGGGAGUUUACGAAAAGGCGUUGGAGUAUCAUGAACUUGACUUAUCUCUGGCUAAAAUUAUCGAGAAUUCGGCUGCUCAAUGCCGCGCAUUUGGUAAUCUAGGAUUAGCCAACGAAUCUCUUGGUCAGCUAGAAAAGGCUUUUGAGCAUCAGCAAAAGCAUUUGAACUGUGCUAGUGCAAUGAAUGAUGGUGUUGCUCAAACUCUCGCCUUAUCCAGUCUUGGUAGAAUUCAAUACGCUUUAGGAAAACACGAUUCUGCUAUUGAUUAUUUAAGAAAAGGUUUAGAUAUUGCUCAGGAAUUGGGAAGGACAGCUGAUCAGGCCAAAAUUCAUCAUCGUCUCGGCCUUGCUCUGUUCGCCAGAGGUACUCUUACCGAUGCCCUACACCACUUAAGUACUGCUACCGAAUUACUAGACGAUAUCAGAAGAGAUUCCCAAUUAGCAAAUGAAUAUCGAUUAUCAUUGUUCGAUUUACAAACAGCGGCACUUCAUGCUCAAUUACGAGUUCUGGUUGCUCUAAAUAGAAUUGACGAUGCUCUCGUAUUGGCUGAGCAAGCUAGGACCAGAGCUCUUAUUGAAUUAAUGUUAGAGAGGCAAGGAAAUAUUUCGGACAUGGUUCCAAUUAUCGAUGUAGAUAUAGUUAGAAAUGCCGUUGUCGAACACGGAAGGCAUAUUGUUUAUAUGGCAUUAGCUGCGGGAUUCUUACACGUGUGGCUGCUUUCACCAAAGAACGGCAGCGUAUUGAAUUUUUUUCAAAUUGACUUAAAUGAAUUAGAAAGUACCGACAAUGACGAAAGUCAAAGUAUGAGGAGUGCAGGAGCCGCCUCUCUUUUGGAUCAAUAUAUUAGCCAAGCAAGGAAUUCGCUUGGGGUCGAUUCUCAUAUACCGCUAUUUUCCUCAGCAAGAUCAUCUAUGAGAUUAGGAGGAAGAGAUAUCGGUAGCGAUGAUGAUGACGAUGACGAUAAGCCAUCAGACUUUCUCCGAUUAUUGCGACGCAGUCAUAUAUCUAACAAGAGCGUAUACAGUCGUAUAUCAACAAGCUCCAAAAGAUCAUUUACCAGUCUUUUGUCCAUCAAUUCCAAUAAUUCUUGCCCCUUCGUUUCUCUCUAUAAUUUAUUCUUUUCAAAACUUGACGAUUCUCUGAAAAAGGCCGAAGAAGAAUGUCAUUUAACACUCGUUUUACAGGCCGAUUUAUACUUAGUUCCAUGGCCCCUGUUGAGACCUGGUCCAGAAUCUCCAUAUUUAUUUGAAAGAUUUUCUCUUUUGAUCGCACCGUCAUUACGGGCUCUUACAAGAAAUACUGGUUUAGCUCCAUCUUGCGGCGGUUUAGUGAUAGGUCCACCUUCACCCGUACCACCUCCGUGGUAUAUGAUGACAAGAGAAGCUGAUGAUGAAGCUAGAAUGGUAUCAGAUAUAAUGGGAUGGAGAUGUAUGUCUGCGGGCAAUGCGACAAAACAGGCAGUAAUAAAAGCUAUAACUGGAGCCGAAGUUUUACAUUUUGUUGUCCAUGUCUCUUGGCGUUUAUCGGCCAUUAUUUUGGCUGUUGACUCUCGCAUGCAGCUAAACGAGGAUUCCAUUUUACCAUCUUCAAUUUUAACAGCCAGCGAUUUAUUAGAUAUUAAAUUGAGGGCUAAAUUAGUAGUUCUAUCAACAGCUUACUCGCAAGAUAGAGGUUCCACAAUAAGUGCCGAUGGACUCUUGGCUGUUACUAGAGCGUUUUUGGCGGCAGGAGCUAGUACAGUUUUGGUGUCUCUAUGGCCGGUACCUGGUAUUGCUAGUAGGGGAAUGAUGAAAGCACUAUACGGUGAAUUAAUUCAAGGAAUUCCAAUAACUCAGGCUCUUUCUCAAUCGCAAAAAAUACUAAAACAUUCCCCUGGUACAAGUCACGCUUCGAAUUGGGCGGGAUGGAUUAUUGUUGGCGUAGACAACCCCACACUAUCGUCACAUACGGCUUUACUUGCCGAUGCACUUGCAUGUAUGCUUAAAUCUGCUGUUUCAACUAACACUCCAAAAAGGGAGGCAAUGAGAGUAGUUCUUCAUUUGGUGGAAAAAUCUUUACAAAGAAUGAAUCAUGGUGAAAAACGCGCAAUGUAUACGCCAGUAAGUACACUUCAACAAAGAAUUGGUCAAGAAGGAGGUGGAUGGAAAGAACUUUUAUCUUCUGUUGGAUUCAGACUUGAAAUGCAACAGCAAGCUGUUUAUUUUUUUCCGUCAGUUGAUCCCGGACAGCGAUUGGCUAGAUGUUCAGCUGCUCUUCAGGCCUUAUUGGCUCUCCCGGCUCUCACUUUAGUCGCUUUGUCAAAGCUACUCGAUAAUCCAGUGGCCGCUCGGGAAUUGCACCAGCUGCUUCGAAGUAUUGAUCGUCCCUCUUCGUCAACCCUCUCGUUAAAAUUGCACGUCCAUAUAUGGAGAGCAGAGGGAUGUCAUGAAUUACUUGCUUCUUUAGGGUUUGAUCUAAUUGAUGUGAAAGGAGAAGAAGUGUCUGUUAGAGCAAGUAGACAAGCCACCAGAAGGAUGCUUCAAUUAACAGUUCAUGCAUUAGCUGCUCUUUUUGACACUGCUCCAAGCCAUCUAUCAUUAGACUCUUCAAGUAGCAUAGAUUCCCCUCCUUCAUCUCCCUCCUCUCCUUUAUCAGCUUUACGACGUCCAAAAGUAUCGAAUAUACCCGAUUCAACAGAUAGUGAACAAGAAGAAAUGCACUCAAAAGUUAAUUCAGGCAGGCUGCCAUCAUUUGUUACCUCAUCCCCGAAUCAUAAGCCAAAUAGCGGUCCGUUUAUGCCAUUAAAUACCAGCGGGACGUCCGGAUUCCAGCCGAUUAACGCACACAUAAAAACAGAUGAAGAAGACGAAUCGAAUCUCUUUUCCUAUCCUAAAUAUUUAGACUUUCACUCGAAACUUCGACCAUCAGUUGACAAUUAUACAGACACAAAUUUCAACGUCGAAAGUGAACUGAAAAAUAACGAAUCUUACGAUGGAGCAACUUUUUGCUGAAAAAAGAGAUUACGCGCCAAAUUUUUUUAUUCAAUUGUUUGUAAAAGAAACUCUUUGAUAUUUUGUAAAACAAAAUGAGAUUAUACUUUUUUUAUUUUGCUAUACUCUGCAUUUUUUUAAAACAAGACAUAUCCAAUUAUGGAAUAUUUUUGUGAUACAUUUUCCC